AUGACAGUAGCAACAACCUCCAUUUGCUUCAGCCCAUCUUCUGAAUUUCUGGGGAUGAAAUUGGCAAAACUGAGAUACUUGAAAACUAUGUCGUUUCGUGCUGGUUCCUCUGCCUCAAGAUCUGUCUUGCCUGGUGGAGGCUUCAUUCCUUGUUUGCGAAGAAACAAAAAUUCUGAAGCAAUUCAGACAAUAAGAGAGCGUGGAUUCGUAGAAGGAAAUAAUCAUAAUAAUGACCAAGUUCAAGUUCAAGUGCUUGAACAAGAAGCCUUCAUUCAUGAUUGGUUUCAUGAUGUGGAGUCAACUCUCAAUCAGCUGAGCAAGUGGAUAGUAACGACCUUAUUUGUGGCUUUCAUUCUGUGGAGACACGACGGAGAAGCCAUAUGGUUUGCAGGAGGAUCUAUUUCAAAUGCAAUGUUUUCUGUUUCUCUUAAGAAAAUAUUGAACCAGAAACGACCUUCAACACUCAAAUCUGACCCUGGCAUGCCCUCUUCACAUGCACAAUCCAUCUCCUUUACCGUCCUCUUCGUAAUUUUGUCAAAUUGCUUAUGGCUAUUUUGUAUGCUAUGUAAGCAGUCAUAUCUACGGGUGUCGCAAAAGCUUCACACAGUGAAGCAGGUGAUUGUUGGAGCUAUACUCGGAUCCAUUUUAUCUAUCUCGUGGUAUUGGCUAUGGAAUUCUUUCGUCUUAGAAGCAUUUAGAUCCUCUUUGUGGGUCAGGAUCACCAUUGCUUUGUUGUCUACUGGAAUUUGUCUCAAUUUUCUUUUCCAUGUUAUUCGCCAAUAAUGGCUUAAAGAAUAAUAUUUUUUUAAUUAUUUUUUUUGUUGUAUGUUGUAUCUACCGUAAAC